UCCUCCCUCUUGAAUUGCAAGGGGGGGUGCGGGGCAAAGUAGCUACAGGGGAGACAGAGGAGCAGCGGCGGAGGAAUCCCUACGCGCCUGUCAUGGAGGAAUUGCCUGCGCGUGGUUUUGGAUUGGAGCUUGAGGAGUUCGCUCCAGCUUCAACGCCGCCGCUAUUUGAUGAGGAUUCACCAGAAGAUGAAGGGAGCAGAGCAUCACCUGUUCCUCCGAACAAAUCUCAGUCUUUUACCGGCAGCGAAGUGCAGGCUGUGGCUGAAGCGGAGGAGGAACAGCCGCCAUUAAUCAGCGCAAGCUUUCAGGAUUUGAACAUCUCUUCUACAUCAUACCCGGAUGCAUAUAUUGAGAUAAAUGACCUGCUGGAUCCAAACCCACCGACAUCCAUUUCAGACAAUUCCAACUUAAUUUAUGAGGAUUCUGAUGACUAUUUUGAUCCUGAAGAGUUGUUGGAGCUUCUUGGUAUUAAAAGUGAUCAGACCUGAUUUGGAUUUGUGGAUGCUCACUCCGGCGCCGGCGCCUCCGCAGCCUUCUCUCCUCGGAGGUUCUUCUUGCUUAUUUAUGGCUGCUGCGUAAUUUCUUAUAAUAUAUAUGUCAUGGUCUUGUUAUAAAUAAAGGAGAGAAAGUAUCACUUGGAACUAUUUGUGAAACCUCUGCUGUCCCUUUCCUUGUUCUGAUUCUGUUCUGUGAGAAAAGGUUCAUUAGGCAGUCCAAGUAGCCAGAUCAAAUCUUUUGGCUUUUCUAUAUCUGGAAAGCCAGUCUUUUGUUUAUCCCUGGUUACAUCCUUAGUUUUAGGAAGAUUUGCAUGCUUGCCACUCAAUUCUUACGUAUUUACAUAUA